GAAUAAAAGCAUUGUAAUCCUAGUGUUAAACUUUAACGGUUCCGGCAUAAAUUAACAGUUACGGCCUGCAUAAACCAGCCUUUAAUCAUUUCAUAUAUCUUCUGAAAAUGAACAUCAAGCAUCAAUGCAUCAAUAUGAAAAUGUACCUUAAUAAUAUCAUUUGUCUGUAUUCAUUUCGACGACAAAAAAUGGCGGAUUGCAAGGAAACUACAGAGGAAAUUGAUCGUCCAUCACUUGUCCUAAAAGUUGAUCCGCCCGAAGAAUCACCGGAAAAUACCGAAGAUACUACCGGGGAUUCGACGAGUAGUAAUUCAGCCAUGCCAUCUGAUUGGGAUGAAACACAUCAAAUAAUUGAAUCAAAUAGCCAAGAAUCUACAUUGGCACCUAUUAAAUCUUCUAAUAAAAAACAUUGUCCUGUGCUAGUUGCUUCAAAGUUUGGAAAUUUAUUUGGUGCUAAUGAAUUUUCAAAUUCUGUAACAAGUAAAUUGAAAUCGUCUAUAUUAAGACCAUCGCAAUUAACUAUAGUCACCAAUAGUUCUGCAGUUACUACUGAUAAAAAUGUUUUACAACCUGCAAAAUUUCACAAUCCAUUUGCAAAGGUUAUCAAUAAUACUAUAGAGGAUGAGUCUAUAACAAAAGAUAAUAAAACUGAAAUGAAUGUAGAAUCUAAAAAUGAAGAAAAGCCUGCAGAAGAUGUAAAACCAAAAUUUUUACCAUUGGGUGUGAAUACAAAGGAAAACGAAAAUAAUGUAAAUAAUACUGUAACACCCAGUGCAGACACUCCUAGUUUUGUAUUUGGUCAAAAUUUAAAAGAACGUGUUACUGUUUCGAAUGAUACAGAAAGUUCAGAUAAUUCUGAAAAAGAAGAGACAAAAAUUGAAGAAAGUAAUGAGAAUGGAUCUGCUAAACUUUUAUUCUCAAAUGCAGCUGCAAAUUGUCGUGCUACUGUGAGGCCAGGUUUAACAUUAACGCAAGCAGCACAAGUUUUAGAAGAGGCUAAUCGCGCAAACAAGAGAAAAUAUAGUCAAGUAACAUUAUUAACUGGUGAAGAAGGAGAAACAAAUAUUCUUCAAAUUAAUUGCAAAUUAUUUGCGUUUGAUAAGACCACUAGCAAUUGGCAGGAAAGGGGAAGAGGUACACUAAGACUUAACGAUCGAGAUGAAGAAUCUCGUUUAGUCGGCCGCACCGCUGGAACACAAAGAUUGAUUCUGAAUACGAAAGUAUGGCCGGGUAUGACCGCAGAACGUGCUGGACCUAAAUCAUUAAGACUAACCGCAAUGGAUGUUCAUGGAGACAUCCGAAUUUUUAUUGUUCAAGCGGCACCUAAAGAAGUCGAUCAACUGCAUAGUCUUUUAUUGCAGCGACUUAAACGCGCGCAAGAACGCCAUCCUAAAAAAGUAGCAACUGACCAUUGACAACCAAUUGAUAACUUCGACAGGGCGUUAGCCAUAUUAGCAUCAGCUUAAUUCAAGCAAUUAUAAUAGAGAUCACUAAUAUGUGAGAAGAGCUAAAUCUUUCAAAAGUACAUGCUCUAUCUAGUGUAUGCGCAAUAGAAUGGCUAUGAUUUGUGCCUUCUUUCAGAAGUUGCAACCCUGUUGAUACCAGUAUUUGUCGAAAGACAAAGAAGAUUAAGUCGUGGUACACAUGUAUAAGUUGAUAUUCUUGUACAAAUUAGAGUUUUUUUCUUUUUUUCAUAAAUACAAAACGGUUUUAUAAUCAUUCCCAUUUCAUAUUCUUUUAUUUGAUAUUUAAUGUUUCUUAAAUACAAGUAUGUGUGUAUUAUGAAAAAUAAAGAUUUUUAAAAAGAUAGCAUAAUAUCAAUUUAUAUAAAUUGUUAUAAAUUAUAAAAAGCAAUUUAGUUCUUGAAAUAAAUCUUAAAAAUUUCAAUAAGUUUAUUUAUAUUGAACUCUGCGUAAUUAUUAUAAGCAAUUUUUUUCAAAAGAUUAUGUGUUGUAUCAGUCUAUAUUAUAGAUUUAAAUGAACAGCUUAUAUGUACAAUUUAUAAUUAAGGUAUGCAUGAAAAUAGCUGGAGAAAAACAAGUUAAGCUAUCUAUGUAACUGUAAUAUUGCCGUUAUCUGUAUGUUAAUUUGAGAGAUGAUUUGUAGAAAUGUACAAUACAACGGCAUUAUUAUUACUAUUAUUAUCAUACUACUACACUACUACUACUGCUGCUGUUGCUACUACUACUACUACUACUAUUACUAUUAUUAUUGCAUUACUACUAUUAUACUAUUAUUAUAUAUAUAUAUAUAUUAUUGUUACUAAUGUUAUUUUAAAUGUAAAUAAGAUCUUCGAUUUAUAGUAUGUAUAUAGUGUGUAUUGUAUGUCGGGCAGAAGGGUUCUAGUAGUGCUUCUUUAUUUUUUUCUGUAUUACAAAACCAAACUAUUCUUAUUCUUCGAGAGAGAGAGAGAGAGAGAGAGAGAGAAAUUUCGCCUAUUAAUGUUUAUCUUAUAAAACUUGUCCUCUCUAUUUGUUAAGUAAAUGAAACAAAACACAUUGUAUACUACAAUCCACAAUAAGAAAAUGACAUUACUUCAAAAAGAAAAAGGAAAGAAAUUGUUAUUGAUAUUCAAAUUUUUCAGUCUGUGUAUGUGGCGUAUGGAAAAUGUAUUGCUCAUUGAUUAUAAGAAAAUAAUAUUCAUACAAAAACACUUUCUUCAACACAUAUAUCGUCUUUAUAUAAAUUAUUGCAUAUAAGUGUGUAGUAAAUACGUUUAAGGACAAUAAAUGGUUUGAAAUAAAA